UUUCGGGCUCUUGGAUCUUGGAUAUCUCUCCCGCGUCGCACGCACAAGUUGGACACGGCGCCGCAUUUGUUGGAACUAUCCGGCGCGCUCUUGGAAAACAAGGCACGUGAUUUGGAAAUUGACGUAGCCGGGGCCGCGGGCACCUCCACCGCACCUGCCCACUCAGAUCCGCCGAUCCGUCCACCUCUCCAAGCCACAUAUACGUCCCAUCCGCUGACCGCUCUUCGGCUCCAUCCACCAUGCUCUCACGCACCGCCACCGCCCUCCGUGUCGCGCCCCGUGCGGGCCGUCUUGUCCUGCGCGGCCUCGCGACCAGCGCGCCGAUGUACGAGAACAAGCGCACCCCGCUGUACCAGCUCAAUGUGGACCGCGGGGCCAAGAUGGUGCCGUUUGCCGGGUACGACAUGCCGCUGUCGUACGGCGAUGUCGGGCAGGUCGCCGCGCACAACCACGUCCGCACGGCCGCAGGCCUCUUCGACGUCUCGCACAUGGUGCAGCACAUCUUCACCGGCGCCGGCGCCCAGGCGUUCCUCACCAGCCUGUGCCCGACCUCGCUCGACAAGAUCCCCGAGCACGGCUCGUCGCUCUCAGUGCUCCUCAACGAGGACGGCGGCAUCAUCGACGACCUGAUCCUGACCAAGCUCACGGCCGACGGCUCCAAGUGGUACACGGUAACGAACGCGGGCCGCGCCGACGAGGACAAGGCGCACUUGUCCGCCAAGCUCGACGCAUGGAACAAGGCGCACCCGGACCAGGCGGUCACCUGGGAGAUCCUCGAGGGCUGGGGUCUCGUGGCGCUGCAGGGCCCGCGGGCCGCCGAAGCGCUCGCCAAGCUCACGGACGCCGACCUCACGGCCCUCAAGUUCGGGCAGAGCGUGUACGCCGACGUCGGCAAGGACAAGGUGCGCUGCCACAUCGCGCGCGGCGGAUACACGGGCGAGGACGGGUUCGAGAUCUCGAUGCCGCCCGACGCGUCCGUGAGCAUCACGGAACAGAUCCUCGCAAUCCCCGACGUGUGGCCGAUCGGCCUCGGCGCGCGCGACUCGCUCCGCCUCGAAGCCGGCAUGUGCCUGUACGGCCACGACCUCGACGAGAGCGUGUCGCCCAUCGAGGGCGCCCUCGCCUGGCUCGUCGGCAAGGACCGGCGCGCCGCCGCCGACUUCCCCGGCGCAUCCCGCAUCCUCGCCGAGCUCAAGGACGGGCCGAAGCGCCGCCGCGUCGGCUUCGAGGUGCCGGGCGCGCCGGCGCGCGAGGGCGCAAAGGUCUUUGACGAGGCCGGCAACGAGAUCGGCGUCAUCACCUCGGGCAUCCCCUCGCCCACCCUCGGCACAAACAUCGCCAUGGGAUACGUCAAGAACGGGCAGCACAAGAAGGGCACCCCCGUCCAGAUCGAGAUCCGCAAGAAGCUUCGCCCCGCCACCGUCCGCCCCAUGCCCUUCGUUCCCCCCAAGUACUACAAGUAGUGUGUCUGUAGUGAACAUUUCGGUUGUUGCAUCGCAUAAAUGAG